AUGGCACCUACUUACGGAGCAGAUCGGUACGUCCUCAUCCCAAACGCGAUGGCGGACUAUAUCGCCUCAGUCUCCAUGAUGGCGAGUAGGGCCUGAGCUCCACCUGGGCGUAUGCUGAUCCUUUCUUUCGGGUGCAUCCGGUGUGUUAGCUUUCAACGUGAGAUCAAGCUCAAGACGAGAUCCAAAGGGUGAGCAAUCCCAGAAAAGACCUUCUACGCCACCUAUGGUCGCCACUUCACAGACCGUCGGACCCCACUGCACUCGGACUAACACGAUGAUGACGUCGUCACUCGUGCGUACUGUUCUUUUCACCCAUAGCUGCCACCUCGUCACGAACGAAAUCAUGGCACAAAUCGAAGAAGGCGUCAAGAACACCAAAGUGAGUUUCAUAUCUCCGCAACAAAGUUCUGCAUCCCCUUGCCAUUCGAAGCUCAUGAAAACUGAAAAACUCGUCCCUCAAUUCCCACAGGUCGGCAUCCUCCACCUCUUCCUGCAACAUACCUCCGCCGCGCUUUCCUUGAACGAGAAUGCAAGUCAAUACACCAAACUCAAACAACCCGAAAAUUCUAGAAACUACAGAAACUAA